UAAGCUUCUUCCUCGACCAACGCCGAAGGCCCGAAAGAUAAGCCGGACAUUCGGAGGGGGAACCCUUCAGAGGAAGCACAAGAGAGCAUUGAACUAAAUGAACUAUGAGCUGGGUUUCUUGAGCUCUUCACAUAGUUCAUGCCAUAGGUCUUCUCAGACAGCUUUUCUUAUUUUUUGUAGUUCUUGAGGUUUCCAUUAGCGGUUCUUGUUCAGAUCUAUAGAAUCUCAUUCUAAUCAUGCUCGCUAUCAUGAUUUGACUGGCAGAAAAUAUUGUAGUCUUGUCAGGGGAUUAAGUCAUUCCAUUGUUAGCAUCUUUCUGAAGAUAAGGACCUGUGAGUCAUGUUUAGGUUUUAACGAGUUUACCUGAAAUGAACUAGUGACUGUUAUUGUGAAGAAGAAAGAUUUUGUGUAUUUUUUAGAUUCCAGAACCAGAUUUAUGCUGUAUUUUAGGUCUUUAUUGUGGUGUCGUUUUUGAGUCCCUUGAGUGAGUCAAUCUUAUUUUCUAUUGCAUGCUUUUCUUUAGCUGAUGUGGUUCCAUUUAUAGGUUACUGUACUAGGUCUAAACCAUGCAAUUUAGAUUCAUAAAACCCUAGAGUGCUUCUGUUUGAAGGGAUAGGAAAACAUCUGCAGCAUCUCUCUUCUUCUCUAGGUGGGUACUAACAUCAUUCUGCGAUAAAAGAAGAAAGAAGCUAAAGAGUUAUGGAUGAGAGAAAUGAUAUGGACAAGGGAGAUGAAGUGAUGUUGCCCGGUUUUCGAUUUCAUCCUACUGAUGAAGAGCUAGUGGGGUUCUAUUUGAAGAGAAAAAUUCAGCAAAGACCUCUCUCCAUUGAGCUUAUCAGGCAACUGGAUAUCUACAAGUAUGAUCCAUGGGAUCUUCCAAAGCUGGCAACCACCGGGGAGAAGGAAUGGUAUUUCUACUGCCCGAGGGACAGGAAAUAUAGGAACAGCACCAGGCCAAACAGAGUCACAGGAGCUGGAUUUUGGAAAGCCACAGGAACAGACAGGCCUAUCUACUCCUCAGAAGGAACCAAAUGCAUAGGCCUGAAGAAGUCUCUAGUCUUCUACAAGGGAAGAGCUGCCAAAGGAAUCAAGACUGACUGGAUGAUGCAUGAGUUCAGGUUGCCUUCCCUUUCAGAUCCAUCACUGCCCAAAAGGCCUCUGGACAAAAAUAUUCCAGCCAACGACUCAUGGGCGAUCUGUAGGAUCUUCAAGAAGACUAAUUCUAUGGCACAGAGGGCACUAUCUCAUUCUUGGGUAUCGCCAUUACCUGAGACCAAUGACCAAGAUUUGUUUUCUGUUUCACAUACUGCACAGCGAACUCAGUUUGCUUCAGAGAAUAGUUCACGGACGACUGAAGUUGGGUCUGCAAUCCAAUUUGGCUGUAACAAUAGCAUUCAGCAGCAGGCCUGUACUAUGGGUUACUCUCCUUUGGAUUUUACCUCCUAUAAGCCCAUGGACCUGAUCGGCUGCAAACCAUCACAGUUCCUUCCUGUUUCGGGUGCAGAGAUACCCACCAGCUUCAUGUUCUCACCAGCUGAAGUGUCAAUGCCAUCCAAGUGCCCAGUGGAUGUGGCUGCAAUGCUUCUCAACAUAUCCCCCACGAUACUUGGUGAUGUUGAGAAAGCCUCUGAAAGCAUAGGUUUUGGACAGCCGCAGCAGUUUAAUGGAAUCACGGUUGACUUACCAUUAGAGAUGAGCUCAAGCUUGGGAAGUGGGGAAGAAGAAAUGUCUACAAAGAAGACUGCCAAUACAUGUAACGUUAGCAACAAUCAGUGGGGAGCUGUGAAGACCAUCAGCUUUCCCUUCAGUCUGCCAUCAAAUCUUUCUGAUGAGUGGAAGCCCAACUUGGAAUGGGACUCUCCACCGUGUCCCAGUGAGAUGCCAAAGACUUACUCCACAUACAAGUGCUAUAACUAAUUAGAUCUAGCAUAAAGUGAGUCACCUUCAUCUGUUAGCAUUACUGUUAGCAUGAAAAAAAAUCGAGUUAUUAAGUGAUAAUGUACAUCUUCGGAGACAUGCCUGUUAACAGCAAAGCUAACAGAAUGAGAAGAAAACUGUGGUUAGAUUUAGUCUUCAAAUAUAUUAAGCCUUCAAACAAUUAUAUUAAUGUUUGUAUUUUUGAAGUUCAUAUUAUUUUCAUAAUCA